GAAGGAAGAAACAGAAACUUGCCAAAGAGAGAGCUGGGCUUUCCAAGCUGCCUGAUCUGAAAGAUGCUGAAGCAGUUCAGAAGUUUUUCCUUGAGGAGAUUCAACUUGGAGAGGAACUACUAGCUCAAGGUGAAUAUGAGAAGGGCGUUGAUCACUUGACCAAUGCUAUUGCUGUGUGUGGGCAGCCACAGCAGCUCCUGCAAGUUCUACAGCAGACUCUUCCUCCACCAGUGUUUCAAAUGCUUCUAACUAAGCUCCCUACAAUAAGCCAGAGAAUUGUAAGUGCACAGUGCUUGGCUGAAGAUGAUGUUGAAUGAGGUCACACCACAACAGGGGGGAAAAUUGUUUUCUUACCCCAGAAGAUGAGCAUCAGUAGGGGGUAUAAAGGGGCAAACAUAAUAGUUAAAUGGACUGUGUACCACACUGGGUUCUACCAGAGUUAAAAUUAACUUUGUGUAGGUGGGUUUCGCAGGAUUUUAUUUAUUAUCCCAGUGAAAAGUGUAUUUUGAUAAGAAUUCAUUUUAUAAAUACACUGUGUUGAGUUAUCAAAGUAUCACUAAUUUCAUUAUUAUUAAAAUAUGCAGUUGUAAUGUUGUACAUAUAAAGACAUAAAACUACGACCUAUUGAAAACCCAAUGCUCAUUUUUGAAAAAACAAAGUUAUGGCAAUAAAGAUUUAUCU